UUGUGAUAUCUGUCGUUUAUGAUUUUUGUAACUGUGUAUGUUCUUUAGAUUAAAUUGUCUUAUUUAUGAGGUUCCUUCUCAUCUACAUUAUCAACAUUAUCGCUAUUAUAUUAUGAUGCCAUAAUUAUCAUCACAGGUAUUAUAAUUAUUAUUAUCUAUAUGACUGAUUGUUUUGCCUUUUUUUUUACCUAGAGUUGAUUUUACCUAUGAUUAAAGCACGGUUGCCUUCCUUUACCACAGGUAACCUUAUAAACGACCAGUGAUUAAAUCAGGUGAAACUCCGAAUAAAGAAAGUGUGACGUCACGCCCUAUUAUGACGUCACACAGGUGGGUAGCGCGGGUUGACGCUGAGGGUGUCAACACAGCGCGAAAUUCAUACGAAAAAAAAAAAGAAAAAAAAAUCAGUGACUCACGAGAUAAAAGAUAUCCCAAGCUUUGAAUAGACAUUAAAUAUCCAUUAUAUAAAGAUGUAUAUCCAAACUAGUCGACAUUAAUAUGAGAAAAGAUAGACAGUAAAGCGCCUGAGAAGUACCUAUGAAACCAAAGUCAAGGUUAGUACCGCUAUCUUGUAUGUCAACUCGACCGGUCAGCAGUCAGGCUCACGCACUCAGAGGAGGAAGACGUGUUAACUCUUGGUCCUUCAAGAAACUUCACAGCUUCGCAGACAGUCCGGUAUCGACAGAGGAGGAUUUUAUUUUAUAAAAUUCAAACGUGUUUCGACCCACGCGGAAAAUCCAAUUUUUGAGAAACAAGAUGUUGCUGGGUGUGGCCUUUCUAGCAGCGGCGAUCGUCCCCUUCCUCCCAGCGGUACGGGCGGAGGCGAACGUGGGCGUCCCCAUCUACACGCCCGCACUGACCGCCUUGCCACCAACUCUGGGCGUAUUGCAGGAAGCGAUCCAGCACGAGGCCCGACACUUCAGCACCGUGGAUAUCUGUGGCGAGGCCGUUUGUGACCAGAUGGUGAGGCAGGCGAACGGACUCGCGAGACUCAAGACCAUCAGGAGAUAUAUCGUGGAAGCUGUCAGCAUGAUGGACAGCCUGGUGACCGCGCUGGACGCAGAGCUGGUGGUCGCGGGGGAGACAAUGACGAGGGCGCUGGGAAACAGGUGUCGCGCCGCCCACGCUGUUCUGAACGAGGUCACAAAGGGCCCCGCCGAGAAGGAUCGUCUGAACGGCAGGAGCAGCGCCUUCAUCUACGGCCAAGACGUCUUCUCUCGCCGCUCCUGAAGAUCCUCCGGAGAGAUAUCCUGAGCAACCACGUGUAUGACCAAAAUGAAACUAGCAAACAGUCAAACAAACAAAAAAAC